AUGGAGACGGUCUUGAUACAAACAGAGAGCUGGUGGUCGUGGUUUAGCAAUUGUCAUUUACAAAGCGAAAGUGCCACAAUGCAUAGCGGGGUGAAAAAGUUUUUCGUGUCAUUAACCGGCAUCCAUUUCGGAUUGCCGGGCAAUGAAGCGGUUACCGGCGAAAAAGAGCUCGAAGAUUUCAUUUCUACAGCAAAUUGUUUAAAGCUGUACGCCUCGGCGAAUGAUGCAAAUGAAACGAUUUGCUUCUUUUCCCAGGUUCCUGACCAAUGCAAUAAGUUACUGGUUUUUUAUAAGGUUACACCGACCGUAUUGACUGACGAUAAUUUGUCGGCGACAAUUCAAAUUACUACUGUGAGUGGUUCCCCGACGGCCACCCUGUAUCAUAGUUUACAGAACGUAUUUUCCCCAUUGCUGAUAAAGCAAGACCGAAAGAGUGCCAGCCACAAUAGCGUUCAAAGACAACUGGCGAACUUGCAAGCGGGUUUACGGAGCAUUGUCUUGACCCCAACCAGCAACGUUCACCCAAUCCAAGAUGUUGACAUCAACGCUUUGUCUAUUAUUUUGUCAUUGGACCACGAGGUUGAUUAUUGGGCGAAUGUCGCCAAAAACUCGAAGGGAAAGGACCAGCGCGCCAGUAUAUCGUUCAGGGACAUUAUAGAACCCUUGGCUCGGGAUUUCAGUGUUUUAGACGCCCUACCACUGUCCGACGUGGAAGAUCUCUUGGAAAACGCCCAUAACGUUUUAGACGACCUGUGGCGGCACGAUCCACCUUAUCCAAAGGCACGCGCCCAGUAUCUUAUGGAUCUAAUCGCGAGCGACGUGACCAAGUGCAUUUCCAAAAAUUUGGCAAACGUCAACGUUUGGACGAUGGAAUUUAACGCCGCCACCGAACUUCUAGAGCAGUGCAUUACGAUUAUAAGCCAUUGGGCUUCGUCUUGUAAACAGCUCACGCAAAUAUUUUGGCCUAAUUACUCACUGCAUACGUGGACUGGUGAGCCGUACGUCCCCCAAAGCCUUUUGGAUCUCACUAAUCGUCUACAGGAGGUGCUGAAUAUUCGAAUGAUUCAUCGCCAGUUAGUGCGCUUGCUUAGCGCUUCCGAGGAAAGGGAGCUGAAGACUGAGUCUAUUUUUGUGCCCUACGAAGAUUUGGAUAUUCUGGAGUGUGGUCCCUACACUGAUUCCGCCUGGAACCUUGCCAACAAAAAGUACGAGUAUUUGCUACAACCCGCUGAAGAACGAGUUGCAUCCAAAUUAAAGAAGCAGUUGGCGAAUACAAGCAUUAGUACUAGACAGCUUCUAUACGAGUUCAAAAGGUACACAGAGUUGAUUAACAGGCCAGUGGUGAGGAAAACAUUGUUAAAUGAGCGACAGUACCUGCUCAGUUUGCUCAAGGAAUACUUGGCUCAACUGAGCGCCCAGCUCACCGCCGAAAGUGCAGAUUCAACCUGCAAAUAUGACGUUCCUGAAGUGGUUAGCGAAAUUAUGAAAGUGAAACAGCUAGAAACCAAGGCAACGGAAGCAAAAGCAAUCUCCGACAAAAUCUUGGAGGACCUCCCAGGGUAUGAUGAGCUAAACCAAACUCUUACCCAACUACUAAAGGACAUCAAACAGCACCACAGCGAAUUGUUCGAUUCGUGGACCAGCGAAGUUUCACAAAGGAUCAAAAAUAAAUCGUUGAGCUUACAGGAAACGGAUCAAGUCGUGCAGUUCUCAGCAAAUAAAUUGAUGAGGGUCAAUUAUUCCUCAGAUUUGGUUACUCUGAUACAAGAAGUCCGGCAGCUUUCCGUGCUUGGGUAUCGAAUUCCGCCCCAUAUUGAAGAGACGGCGACGUACGCCAAGAAGUUUAUGAAGCACGCGAAUGUAUUGCAACAGAUAGCCAAUUUCCAUAACACAAUCGGUGAUCGUAUGAUCACAUCGCAACGGCCUAUGAUGUUGGCAAGCGCGCUGAAGUUGGCCAAACUGGUGCAGGAGCAGGAGGUUGUUUCCUGGAAUGAUAUUGAAUCAGUAGAAAGGUACAUUGAUAGUUUAAACUCUGUCGUGGAGAAGCUUUCAGGCGAAAACGACUUGCUCGCAACCUACCAUUACCAGAUUAUGGAAAAGAUCGCCACCUUGAACGACACCGACCUAAUUAAGUACUAUCACCUGUGGAAAGACACGACGAAGACGAUCAGAGAAAUCAUUUCCCAAGUUGAAGGGAAAGGUUUUCAGUCGACACAGUCCUGGAAGGCAGACAUUGAUCAGCAACUGUACAAGGUUCUGGAAAAGCAGUAUCUGAAGAGCUUGGAUACCCUGCACUUAUACUUGCCUGAAAUACACGCAAACUUAAUUUACCGCGACUCCCAACUGCAACUUUCGCCGAGCGUAGAAUCGUUGAAGGAAAAAUACCAGCACCAGGUCAAGCAAUUUUUGGACAUUCCUAAAGGGUUUAGGGGCGUGAACAGUUCGUCGGAUCAGAACAUUUUCGCGCCAAUUAUAGAAAGCCACCAGCACGAGUUGGAAAAGGUGAACGUGCAUCGAGAUGAGGUGAUCGAGCAGUUGAACGGGGUUGUGAAACACUGGCAGUCUUGGUUAACGUUGGGCGGCUUAGACGCGUCGCAGUUGACGACGUGGGAACAUUGGGAGCUGCAUUUUAGGGCGUCGAAGACGUUUGGGCAAGAGAUCGCAAAGCUCCCAAGUACUGAAGAGCGGGUGGGGUGUUUCAUCGUCGGCCUAUCGUGGUUGCGAUCGGAUUUGGAAUCACACAAUCGCACUUAUUGGUCGCAGCUUUCCUUGUCGCUAAAAGACUCGAUCGCCCAAGACGUUUUUAAGCUUCAGGAAUAUGUAGACGUCUCGACCGCAACGCUAAACAAGCAACCCUUAACAGUCGAUCAAAUUGGGGAAAGCGACGCGUCAUACUCGGACAUACUCAACCAGAAGGCGCAGAUGGAGGGUCUGUACCAAGAAAUGAUGCGAAAGUCUAAGAUGCUGAGUAGUUGGACCAGAGAGCGGGUGGACUCGGUCAAUAGAUUAAAGGCCGCCUGGGAGCGGUUACAAAACUUACUGGAGAAUUACGAGCACAUCAUCGCCAAACAGAUGGAGACCAUGAAAGCAACUGUACAAAUUGCGAGUGAAAACCUGCUCAACGACAUGGAGAGGUUCGCGGCGAAAUGGGAGCAAAUCAAAAAGAAAUCUCAAUCGGGACAAAUGUCCGGUCAAUCACUUGCACAGUUGCAAAGUCACCUGGACGACAUUAAGGAAAAACGCGACCAGAUGAACUACCUCGCCAGCCGCAAGGAAAAGCUAACUGCAGAUAUCGCCCGAUUUAAUCUAGAACCUGUUACGUUUACCAUGUUUGAUGAGGUGGAGUCUGACAUCCGAGGGGAAGAAGAACAGUGGCUUCUCUUCGAGGAGUUCUAUUCGGAGAUGGGAAAGUUCGGUAACGAGGAGUGGAUUGUGUUUAGGAAGAAGAGCUAUCGCCUAGAUGAAUCUUUGGGAAACUGGCAGAACAAGCUGGAAUUAUCGAGUAAUUCGCCUGUUGUCAGUGUCAUUCUUCAAGAGAUCAAUAAGUAUCAGGGCAUUUUGCCAGUGCUCAAGUACCUCCGCGGCGAAGAUUUCACGGAGAAUCAUUGGAUUGAGGUAUUCGCGCUGCUUGGCAUCACUCCCAAACCGAUUGACAUUCUCUUCCUGCGCGAUUUUCUGGACGCCUCUGAUAGGUUAAUAGAGAACGCGCAGCAGUUGCAGGGUAUCAGUAGAAAGGCGGCGAGUGAGGUUGUGGUCCGACAGGCCUUGGCCGAACUGGACCAUUGGGACAUUCAGUGCAGGUUCACUCUGACAGAGCACCAGGACAGUAGCGGCGCGACGGUUAUGCUAAUUAAAGAAUUUAAGGACAUUUUGAAUAAGAUUGGCGACAAUCAAAGUCUUCUCCAGUCAGUGAAGAACUCAUCGGACUACACCACAUUUUCCGAGCGUUCCGAGCUUUGGGAGACCAGGCUAACGGACUUGGAGGAGUACUUAACGACGCUGGCGCAAGUGCAGAGAAAGUGGGUGUACCUUGAGCCGAUUUUUGGAGGAGGUGCCUUGGGUCACGAGAAAAGCCGCUUUAGUCGAUUAGAUAAAGAUUUCCGGCACCUACUGAAGUAUAUCCAAAACGACCUCAAGGUGACAUCAUUAACUCGCUACCCUAAUCUGAGGUCAACGCUUACUAAUCUUCAAGACCAGCUGUCAAGAUGCCAGAACAGCCUGGACGAUUUUCUUGAGGAGAAACGGAACAAGUUCCCCAGGUUUCUCUUUUUGGGAGACGACGAUUUGUUAGAAAUCGUAGGUCAGUGCUCCAGGGAGCAAGUAAUUCAAUCCCACCUCAAGAAAAUCUUCGCCGGCAUUCACACUAUUAAACUCGACGAUGGUGGUAAGAACAUCGUCGCGAUGUGCUCGUUGCAAGAGGAAGUGGUGCCUCUAAAUCGACUGGUGGACAUCGAUCAGCCCGUCGAGAACUGGUUAAACGUUCUCGUUACCGAAAUGCAGGACUCUCUAAAACAACUUUUGGUUCAGUGUUUGAGCGAUGGUGAGUCGGCCGAUCCCCUCAAGUAUCCUUCGCAAAUUUUGUGCUUGGCUGAUAGCGUGAGGUUCACGACUAAAUGCGAGCAGGCGAUUGGAAACAUGGCUCUUAAGCAACUUUUGGCUAGUUACAAGGCACAACUAGGGCAUUAUAGCUCGCUCAACUUCAGUGAGAGUAAAGAGGGAUCUUCUCUCGACAGUAUUAAUGCCGAUGGUGACUCUGAACUGAUCGAGAUUAAGCUCAAGGCUCUACUUCUGGACACAAUCCAUCACAUUAGCGUAAUGGAAGGUUUGAUUGAAAACAACGUCAUCAAGACAAACGAUUGGAACUGGCAAAAGCAGUUACGGUACUACUCUGAUAAGUCCGGAAAUAUCACUCUAAAAAUGGCCAAUGCGGAAAUGGAGUACUCAUACGAAUACCUAGGUAAUCAAGCAAAAUUGGUGCGCACCCCUUUAACCGACAAAUGCUUCUUAACGUUGGUUCAGGGUAUGUAUUUAGGGAUGGGUGGAAAUCCCUAUGGACCUGCAGGGACCGGAAAGACCGAAUCUGUGAAAGCGCUCGGCGGUCUUCUGGGUCGACAGGUUUUGGUCUUUAAUUGCGAUGAGGGUAUCGAUGGAGCGUCAAUGGGCAAAAUUUUAUCAGGUUUGGUUCGGAGCGGCGCUUGGGGGUGCUUUGAUGAGUUUAACCGAUUGGAUGAGACCACAUUGUCGGCGGUGUCAAUGCAGAUACAACCCAUACAGAACGCGUUGCGAUUACACCAAAGCACUCUUCAUCUUCUGGACAGAGAGAUAGAGCUGAACAAACAUUGCGGAAUUUUCAUCACGUUAAACCCGGCCGGCGCAAAUUACGGAGGGCGAAACAAGUUACCCGACGGACUUAAGCAGCUAUUUCGACCGGUCGUUAUGACGCAUCCCGAUCACGAGCAGAUCGCUACCACUUUGCUCCAUUGCGAUGGAUACAAAUACGCCAGCUUGAUCAGUCGCAAACUCUUGGAAGUAUUUACCGGUGCCAGCAAACUAUUGAGCAAACAACAACACUACGACUGGGGAUUGCGCUCCAUUAAAACUGUGCUGAACAAUUGCGGUAAAAACAUUCGCAACUACUUCAAGACCUCCUCGAGCAUCAGCUUGGAAACGGAACUGGCGCUGGUAAUAAAAUCGCUCCGCGUCGACAUCCUCUCCAAGCUUACCUACGCCGAUCGCGUCAAGUUCGAGAACCUGAUAAGCGAUGUCUUCCCCAGCUCACCAGUGGAACACUUCGCCGACGACGCCCUAACGACAGCCUUGGAGAAGAGCUACGCCGAAUUAAACUUGGAAAUUAAUUCUAGACAGAUCGCCAAAUGCGUUGAGCUUUACCAACAGCUGAAGCAGCGUAUGGGAGUUGCGAUUGUAGGACCGCCCAAAUCUGGUAAGACUACACUGAGGCGGUUACUUUUCCACGCGUUGACGCACAUGGGCAAAAGUCUGAAGCAGCACGUGUUCAACCCCAAAAGUAUGCCUAGGCACCUGCUACUGGGGCAAAUUGAUGUUGAAUCGCGACAGUGGAGCGACGGAGUGCUCACGAUGUAUAGUCUGCAAGCUGCCGGGGAGCCUUUAGAUGUCUCCUCAUGGAUCGUCUGCGAUGGAGACAUGGAUCCUGAUUGGGUGGAAUCUCUCAAUUCGGUAUUGGAUGAUAACAAACUACUAUCUCUCCCGUCUGGGUGGAGGAUACAGUUCGGUCCAAAUGCUAACUUCCUCUUUGAAACGCACGACUUAAGUUACGUUUCACCGGCGACUAUCUCGCGACUGGGAAUAAUUUUUCUAAGCGAAGAGGACUUGAGCGUUUCCAAUAUUGUAAGUAAAUUCCUAGCCCAGCAACCCGAAGAUCUUCAAGGAGUUCUCGGGCAGUAUAUCUCCGACUAUUUCUAUAAAGCCAUAGAUUGGGUGAUGACUGAGAGCGAACUGGUUACGACAACUGCUCAAGUUUCAGUCGCCCUAAGUGCACUUUUCCAGAUCUCUAACGUGUCCAGUAAAUUGGAGUUUGCAGUGGGAAUUCUCUACGCACUAGGUGGUUACUUGGCGGCAAGUUUACGUCAGGUCUUCACCGAGCAGGUCUUUGAAUGGUUAGGUGAACCGCAGCCCUCCUCGUUCUGUUUCUAUUACAACAUGGAAAAAGACAGCGUUGACUAUUACAGUUCAACGCCAUCUCUGAGCGUGGAAGACACCACGACCGAUCUUCCUCUUAUUCUCACACCCCAAACGUGUUACACCCUCAACUGUCUAAGAAAAUGGUUCACUCCAGGCAACGAGCAACACUUCCUGCUGGUGGGACCUCGCGGCUCGGCCAAAAGUUUAAUUCUGAACCACCUGGCGAAGGAAAGGAACGACGUCGAAAUGGUUACGAUCCAUUGCAGCGCGAAUUUGGCGCCGCAAUUUGUGCUGCAGAAGUUGAUCCAGUCGUGUCUCGUAAUUAAUACCAGCAAAGGACGAAUCUUCAAACCAAAGAAGGGACAUUUGGUACUGUACUUUAGGCAACUACAACUGCUCAAGAAUGAUGUUUGGGGCACGAAUAUGUUAAUCGCUUUUCUUCAACAGUUUAUUCAGUACAACGGGUUGUUUGAUGGCAGUCUCGAGUGGAUCGGUGUGAGAAAUAUUACCAUUGCUUGCUCGGCAACCGCCAUCAAUAAUCUAUCUAUCAGAUUCACUUCAUCGGUACACGUCUUUAAUAUUAGCCCACCCGAGCAAGAAAGUAUCAACGCCAUAUACUCGCUGUACUUGCCCUUAAUUGUAAAGCAACAAAAGUGGUCUACCAAUAAGCUGAUGAAGAUUGUAAUGAUGAUGACCACAGUGUACAACGAGGUCGUCAAGCAGUUUAAUCUCGUUGAAGGUCACUACGAUUUCAGUUUAAACGAGCUGACAAGGUGGUGUCGGGGGAUUCUGAUGUAUAAAGAGGGGGACAAAGACGCGGAGGAGUAUCUGCUCGAAAUUGUAGUCUACGAGGCCCUGCGACUGUUUCAAGACAGAUUAGUGAACGAAAACCAUCGCGCCCAAUUCGAGGACAUCCUGAGGGAGCAAUUAAAGAUGCAAUGGAAUAAGGCGGGCUUGUUGCAAGACUGUAAGCGGCACGUAUUUGUUCCAGUUCCGAAGGUGGUCGCCUCUCCUCACGUCUCACUGCUUCACAAGCAAGGUGUUGAGGAGUGGACGGACGUUGUCAAAAAAGGAAUCGUCCAGUACGAACGCGAAGGUGACGUCCUGGAGGUGCUAGUCAUCCCGGAAUUGGUCCAACUGACCGCGAAGAUCGCCAAAGCUUUAGUGGAGCCAGGUGGGAAUGUUUUACUGAUUGGUGUCGCUGGUGUAGGUAGAAAGCCUUCAGUGAAGAUCAUAUCGGCGCUGCUUUCGGUAAAGCUCGUGGCGCCAAUCUUUUCCAAUUAUCCCCAGUUUAAUAACGAGUUGAAAAUGGCAAUUCAACACGCAGCCGUCGAAGGCGAAGAGACCUUCUUGCUGCUGGAAGACAGCAAUUUAAACGACAAGCGGGUCGUUGACACAGUAAGCGCGAUGCUGUGCUCUGGAGAGGUUCCCGGACUGUACACCUUCGCAGAAUUGGAAUCGCUAGCAGCAGGUCUAAAAGACGAAGCUGGACGGGCUAGUUACGAUGGAAGCCUAAUCGAUUUCUUUACCGAGCGUAUCAAGAAGAAGCUGCAUCUGGUGAUCUGCAUCGAAAGCAAUAACACCAAGUUUUCUGAGCUACUUUCAAACUGCCCGGCGCUCUACACCCAUUGCAAUGUCAUUUGGACGUCAGAAUGGGGCAAAGACACACUGGAGAGCAUCCCAAGCAUGCUAAUUGAAAGCGAAAACAAGAGUAAAAUUAAGAAAGCCACCGUCGACCUGGUGGACGGCUUCUUCGAGAUUCACGGCAUGGUCAAGCAAAGCAUUGCGAUUCCGUCGCGGUUCAUUUCGUUCGUCAAAACCUACAUCGAGGUGUUUUCGGAUAAAGUAAACGUGAUCUCCGAAAGGCAGGGAAAGUUGCAGGCCGGGGUGACCAAACUGACAGACGCGAAGAACGUGGUGGACGAAUUAAAGCUGAAGGCGAAAGAGCAGCAGGAUAAGUUGUCGCAGAAACAGGAGAAGGCAAACGCGGCACUUGAGAUGAUCAGUAGUACGAUGAAGAACGCCAACACGCAAAAGCACGAAAUGGAGAAGCUGAAACAGCACACCGAGAAGGAAAGUGUUUUUCUAGCUAAAAGAAAAGAGGAGAUCGAGGAGGAACUGUCCGAAGUGAAACCUUUGAUCGAUGCCGCCCGUACAGCCGUGGGAAACAUCAAGACCGAAUCGCUUUCAGAAAUUCGUUCGCUUCGAGCGCCACCUGACAUAAUCCGUGAUAUUUUAGAAGGCGUUUUGAGGUUGAUGGGUACUCAAGAUACGUCUUGGAACAGUAUGAAAAACUUCUUGUCCAAGCGAGGAGUUAAGGAGGAUAUUAGGUGCGAAUUUUAGGCCCAAAUUUUGGUAUGUUCUUUAAUUGGUCCAACAAAAAUUUGUUGCUAACCCCAAAUUUCCACAGCAGUGUGGGUAGAGGAAUUUUUGGGUCUAUUUGAGAAUUAUUUAGCAGAUGUUUGAUAAGGGGACUUUAUCAAAGUAGAAUUUAAUUGAUUUAAGUAAGCGAUGGCACAGGUGCACAGUUGUAGGUAUGUUGUUGCGAUAUAAAUAAGUUAUCGCACUUCGUCGACCCUUACCGAAGAUGAAAAAUUGUGAUGGGGAUGGUCGGGACUUAAAAAAAAAGAUGGCGUACCGAUCUAGCGGGCCGAUCUCGGCUUAUUUGACUUAGCCUGCGUAACAGUCCGUUGCGUGUAAAUUCAAAUACCGAAGAAGAAGUCAUACAGGAUUGCUGUCCAAAUUUAAUUUUUAUGCAAUUAAACGUGAGACAAUUCAGGGAAACGCGAAAUUUUUGGAAUUUAAAUUCAGAGUACUACAAUUCUACAUGUUUUUCUCGAAGUUUUGCAGUUACUUUCCAAUUUAGCUUUUGAAGAACAAGAGCUUAGAGUAGAGAUGAGGUGGCAACCACCCUCGGGGCCCUUUGGCAUGAUAUAGAUUUUAAUCCUUAGAGAAUCUGGUCUAUAACUUUUGAUUGAGAAGUCUGA